CCGCAGUGGAUACUGAUACCCCAACAUCCCCCCAAGUCGAUUUCGUACGGCCUUUCCACCAGUACCGGAGAACUCGCCUUGAAAAAAUUGCUUGAGAGGGCCUGAGUAACUGGCUUCCUCACCUUCUGCCCAUAUUAUUACGGACAUAUGUAUGGCCGCUCAACUUUACCGUUCAAGCCUGCUUUUAGACUCAAGGCGAACUACCACAAGGACCUGAAAAACCAGUUACAAAGUGAUUAGGAAUGACUACAGCCAUUGUUACUGGUAAUGGACGGCGCUCUUCUAUACGGCAGUCAGAUUUGCAGACUUCAGCAACUGAUUUUAUUUCACAAUCGAUGACUACCAGUCCGAUAGACAAGUUCCCGCAAUUCAAGGACGACCUAUAUGAAAUCGCUGCAGGGUCAAGAGAACCUCAUCCAAGAGAACCUCAUCCAAGUUUUGCGACUAAGUAUACACCGAAUGAUCGCUGGGAACCGCGCAAAGAAAAUCUUUUCGCUCCAGAGUAUACAAACGGGUCAAUCAGGCAUUCAAAGCAUAAGCCGAGGAAAAGCAUCAGCGAGGCAAUCAGUACCAUCCGCACACGUAAUGCCAGUGUGAGCGCUAACGCGCAAGAAUUGGCCCAAGCCCUCCGGGCGCCAGUGUCAUACAAACUGAUAAGUCUUUGCCUCAUCUGGUACAUGACCUCCGCUCUAACAAACACGUCGUCGAAAUCCAUCUUGAAUGCACUCCCAAAACCAAUCACUCUUACGAUCGUGCAAUUUGCGUUUGUAUCAAUAUGGUGCUUACUGCUGUCAUAUCUCUCGAAGAUAUUACCAGGGCUCAGGAAUAGUAUACCGGCCCUCAAAAAUGGUAUCCGUUACCCCUCGCGCGAUGUUAUAAUGACCGCGUUGCCUCUCGCAGUAUUUCAGCUAGCAGGCCAUAUACUAAGUUCCAUGGCUACUUCCCAAAUACCGGUCUCGCUGGUUCAUACAAUCAAGGGACUAUCGCCUUUGUUUACAGUCUUAGCAUACCGCGUGUUCUUUCGCAUCCGAUAUGCCAGCGCUACCUACCUAUCUCUUGUUCCCUUGACUUUAGGUGUUAUGCUUGCUUGUUCCACUGGAUUUUCCACCAACUUCUUUGGAAUAACUUGUGCAUUUUUUGCGGCUUUGGUCUUCGUUUCCCAAAAUAUCUUUUCUAAGAAGCUGUUCAACGAAACAGCGCGCGGAGAGUCAGAGACACAACCGUCCGCUCAACGGAAAUUGGACAAGUUAAAUUUACUUUGCUAUUGCUCUGGGUUGGCCUUCAUACUAACGCUACCAAUCUGGGUUCUCUGCGAGGGUUACCCAUUGCUUUCAGACGUAAUGCAGGACGGAUCCAUCUCGCUGUCAGGCAAGGAGAAUUCCUUAGAUCAUGGUGCUCUUUUAUUUGAGUUUGUGUUCAACGGAGUCUCCCAUUUUGCGCAAAACAUCCUGGCAUUUGUUCUGCUAUCCAUGAUAUCACCGGUUUCUUACUCAGUGGCAUCUCUGGUGAAGAGAGUAUUUGUCAUUGUCGUUGCGAUAGUAUGGUUUGGCAAUUCAACUACUGCGAUGCAGGCAAUUGGCAUCGCUCUUACGUUUAUUGGACUAUAUCUCUACGAUCGCAACAGCCACGAUGAUCUAGCAGAUCAAAGGGCGAACGCAGACCACUUUCGCACGCAGGACAAUGUACUUCCUCUCAACAUUCGGAGUACAACUAAAACAUGGGAUUCUAACGGCUAUGUAUUUCCACCGGGGAAGACUAGUGAGCGUCAGUUUCUAGACGACACACAUUCUUUCUCAAACAACCUGAAGAAGGUCGAUGAUUUACCAGGCCGAGUCCGCCCCAGGGGAAGCAGUAAUACUAGGGCAUGGCUGCCACCUGGCACAAAGCAGGAGACGACUUGGCAGCCAAGUGACUCUUAGAUGGUCUUGACCUUGAACUUCAUGGUUGUUACUCUGCUCCCUGAAGCGCCUAGGUCUCGUGGUGUAACAAUCUUCAGUUUGCCGUAGGGCACCUUUUCUCUCUCUUCCUCGUGUGUGUGUGUCUGGUCUUGGGGGUGGGGGUUAGAUAAUAUUUUUGUAUUGGUAUGAAAGACUCUUA